CCAUCCUUUAAACUGAUCACAAGGCCCACUUUCGAGACCUUCCUCGUUCCCUUGGCGUAUAUACGUCCCUCCACCAUAGCUCUAGCCUCACAACAAUGGCAAAGUCUGUAUCGUCCAUAGCCCCACCUACCUUCUGAUAAGCUAGCUAGCUAGUCCAGCAAUCAAAAUGAAUGGUUAUUCCAAGAUCAAAAUCUUUGGCACUGCCAGAUCAAGAUCCAUGGACUUUUCAGAUCUUUCAUUAGCAUUUCCUGAGCCCACAAAAUCCAACACAGAGCCCCAAGAAACCCACAAGAUCGUAUGCGACCACGACAAUACCAAGAAGAACAUGAUUAGCACAGGCACCACCACCCAAGACUCACUCUCAGUGCUCGAAGAAGAUGAGGAAACCAAUGUUGGAGAGGGGUUCGGGGUGAAGCUGAGGAGCUCUUCCGUUUCUUCAUCAGCUUCUGCACUUCAGUCUGCAGUGAAGAAAGCAUUCGCCGCGAGAAGAUCCUGUUCGGUGUCAGAGAGGUAUUGCAGGAUCCAUGACCAGUCUGCAACACUAUCAUCACCCAUCCACGAUGAAGAUGGUACUUUGGACACGAUGGAGUCAACAAGAUCUGUGACGAAAAAACAUAGCAGAGGCAGGUUCCUGAAGGUCUGUAAGAAACUUUUUGGACUUUAGUGCACUUCUGCCAUUUGUUUAAUCCCAGUUACUUGGCUCAUCAUAUCAUUAUUCACUCUGCUUC